AAACGUUCAAAGAUAACCGGUCGAGUACUUUACUGUAUUGUGUCAAGAUGAUACAUAAGACUGUUGUGUUAUUAUUUAUUUUAAUCGGCUCGGCCUCAACGUAUCUUAGUCCAAUAGUUAAUUUAACCGAUGGUGCGAUACAUGGUGUUUGGAAGACGUCCGUUAAAGGGCGAACGUUUGCUAGUUUUUAUGGGAUUCCGUAUGCGGAACCACCGAUAAAUAAAAAUAGAUUUAAGGAUGCAGAGCCUCCGCAAACGUGGACUGGAGUUCGGGACGCGAGUAAACCUCUCGCCCACUGCUUGCAGUACGAACCAUCCGUGAAGCGAGUAACAGGUAGUGAAAAUUGCUUGUAUGUCAAUGUACAUACAGCAAACCUGAACCCUGAGAAACUCUUACCUGUGGUGGUUUUCAUUCAUGGAGGGGCGUUUAUGUACGGCUCAGGAUACCACUAUGGGCCCUUCCUUCUAAUGGACAGGGAUUUAGUAGUUGUCACAUUGCAUUACAGGUUAGGACCCUUGGGUUUUUUGAGUACGGGUGACGAUGUCCUGCCUGGAAAUUUAGGGCUGAAAGAUCAAGCCUUUGCUUUGCAUUGGAUUAAAAAAAAUAUCCGUGCAUUUGGCGGGAAUCCUGACAGCAUAACCUUAACGGGACAUUCCGCUGGCGGAUCUAGUGUGCAUUAUCAUCUUCUAUCUCCAAUGUCUAGAGGUACCUUCGCCAGAGCUAUAGCUUACAGCGGGUCAGCGUUCGCUCCCUGGGCAUUUGCAGAGAAACCGGUUGAGAAGGCGAAAGCCCUGGCCACUUUGGUGGGCUGCCCAACCAAUAGCAGCCAGGAUAUGAUUGACUGCUUAACAGAUAAACCUGGUGAAGACAUUGUUGGAGCUCAAGUCCAUUUUACGGGUUGGAAGGAUCAAAUGUUUACUGAAUUUAUUCCAACGAUAGAGCCUCAAGGUUCUAAGAACCCUUUCCUGACCCAACACCCGUACGAGGCUACACGAUCUGGUGAUAUUACAAAAGUGCCUCUCAUUGCUUCUGUCACUUCUGAAGAAGGAUUGUACCCUGCUGCAGCUUAUGUAAAACCGAAUGUUUUACCUGAGUUAGAAGAUCAAUGGGAAGAUCUCGCCGCCACCAUCUUCCAAUACAAUGACACACUGUCCGAAGAUCAGCACAAAAACGUCGCGUCUAAGAUAAAGAAAUACUAUUUCGACGGUAAACCAAUUAACCAGGAAACCUAUCCUCAACUUGUUCAGGCCCUAAGUGACCGUCUAUUCGUAGUAGACGUGAACAGACUGGCCCAAACGUACGCGGAAUCUUCGCGGCAGCCCGUUUACGUGUACCGGUACAGCUUCCGGGGGGAGAAGAGCUUCACCACCUUCCUGACACACGACUACAAUAACUACGGGGUAUCCCACGCCGACGACUUGUUCCACAUAUUCUACGUGGAUACGAUGGUGGGGACGACCUCUGCUGAUCACCAAAUGAGCGACAUAAUGAUUGACGUGCUCUACAGCUUCGCCAGUACAGGAGUUCCGAACUUGACUGAUGAAGGAAAAUGGCUCCCAGUAGACGUCGGGUCUACCGAGCUCAACUAUUUGGAGAUAUCAUCGCCUCAGGAUAUCGAGACGAAGAACAGCUCUGACUUUGGACACAAAUCAUUCUGGGAUAGUCUUGGCUUUGUUGAAAACGAACAAUAUAAUAAAUAAUAAUUUAAAAUUGACGCAAUAUUUUACUUUGUAUUCUAUAAUAAAAUACAAAAAUU